UCAUAAAAACAGUAGAUUGUAAAUGAAAGAUAAAAGCAUACUUUACUAUCUCUCAAAACCCUCAAAUCCAAUCUGAGAAAACAUGAAUUGAAUCUUACAAAAAAAAAAAAAAAAAUCACAAGCGAAUCUGAAAUGGUUGAUAUGGCGGAGAUCAUCAUCGACGAUCCGAAGUUGAACGCUGUUGUUGCCGCAACUUCUCAAGGAUCAGGAAUCCACCCCGAAACGGCUGAAAUGGCGGAGACCAUCAUCGACGAUCCAGAGUUGAACGCUGUUGUUGCCACAACUUCUCAAGGAUCAUGAAUCCACCGUGACAAAGCUUUGUAUAUGCUUGUAAAUUCAAAUUGGGACUUAAAGGGAUUUGAGAGAGCAAGUAGAACUCUCAAUCAUGCUCGUGAAACCCAAUCUGGCGUGCGUUAUGCUGAGGAGGAUUUUUCAUUCUGUGGCAACUGUCAGCUUCAAAAGGCCAUGAUGCCUAUUACUAAUUGUGGUUGCUUGCUAUGUAACGAUUGCAUAAGCACCCAUGUAUCUAAUAUGGUUAAAGAAGGAUUUGUGCUUGCCCUUUGCCCCAUUUGCAUGAAGUACUAUCUAACUUCUAGGUUUCUUUCUGAAACACUCUUUCCAGCUGUGCGUAAUGAGUGGACUAAUCUCCUGAGUGAAGACUUUAAAGAGAAAACAAAGAAAAACUUCAUUUCUCAAGGUGUUGAAGUUGUGUGGAAUCACAAACACAUCAUUGGUGCUUUCUUCUUUGCCUUAUAUGUGAUCUCUAAGUCAAUCAAUAAUAUCCACACCAUUGCCAACUCCAUUGAUGAGUUGAAAACAACUUUUGUGGAUCUCAAAAGUGGACUCAAAUCUUGGAUAGAGGAUCAUGCAAGAACUGUGGGUGCAUUGUAGACUCUGCAGGAUCAGUUUGAAGAUGGGGGCUCUCCUUCAAGCCCUUGAUUCUGGGGGAAAUUUGUUAGGUCAAUCUAAAGCUAGCCUCCUCUGUUUCUUUUUGCCAGAACAAUGAAUAAGUUGUAUUUAUUUUCACCUUAUUUACUUACUUAGAUACAAUAUGUUAAUGGAAAUGUUAGCUCUCCUUUUUUUA